AUGCAAACAAAUAGAGAAUUUUUCAGAGCAACUAGAAGAGGCAAAUUAUUAAAGAUUGUUAAAGAGGUUUAUUUAAGAGAAGAUAUAUGUUGCGGACACAAGGUGUGUACGAAAUGUGAAGACACCAAGAGACAGUUAUAUACACCAGAGGAAAGAGCAAGAUAUGAAGAUUCAUUGUCACAACUGAUCGGUGAGACCGUAUUGGUACUCGACACCAACGUGGUGUUGCAUCAGAUCGAUUUGUUGGAAGACCCAUCACUCAAGAACGUCGUCAUCCUCACCACCGUAUUGGAUGAAGUCAAGAACCAAAACUUUACAAUCUACAAUCGUAUAAGAGAGGUUAUCAAAGACAAGACUCGUUCUUUCUACGUAUACUCUAAUGAACAUUCUAAAUUUACUGCUAUCACUCGUGAUAGUGGUGAAACUCCAAAUGAUCGUAAUGAUAGAGCAAUUAGAGUAGCAACAGAAUGGUAUAAAUCACAUUUACAUAAAUUAAAUAUAAAGGUUGUAUUGGUAACCAAUGAUAGAGACAAUGCAACAAAGGCAAAGAAAUUGGGUAUGGAUGUAAAGACGAUUAAAGAGUUGGUGUUUGAAAUGAGCGAUCAGUUUCCAUCGUUGGUUGAUAAGUUGUCGUCGCCAGAGGAUGCUGUUGAUUCGGCUGACCCAAACAAUGCAUCGGCAGUAUCAAGUAAAAAGGAGAGAUUCAGCUUUGCAGAGCAUCGUCCAACUGCAGUGUUGACAGAAGAGCUCAAACAAGGUAAAGUGUUUCAGGGUAUUUUAAGAACCGAUCAAACCAACUAUACUCAGGCAACUGUACAAUGCCACUCGAUGAACGAGGGUAAAGGUGGAGAGAUAUUGAUCAAAGGCAUAGAGAAUAUGAAUCGUGGUGUCGAUGGCGAUAUUGUGGCCAUUGAAUUGUUGGAUCGAUCGCUUUGGACGAGUGCGUCGACCGUGAUGUUGAUGGACGGACAGGGUGUUGCCGAGGACGACGAUUCAGUCGCUCAAGACGCGCUCAUCAAUGUGACACAGACUGCUCAACAACCAUGCGGUCGCAUUGUAGGUAUCAUCAAGAGAAAUUGGAAGCCAUACUGUGGAACGAUCGAUUUCAAGGGAGACAUUACACGUGCGAGCGGUAUUCAACAGCUGCUCUUCCUUCCUAUGGAUCGUCGUGUUCCUCGCAUUCGUAUUAGAAGUCGUCAGGUCGAGAAUUUGGUGGGUCGUCGUAUUGUCGUGGCCAUUGAUCAAUGGGACCGUCACAGUCGCUACCCCACCGGCCAUUUUGUCAAGGAUCUCGGACAGGUUGGCGACAAGGAGACAGAGAGCCAGGUACUCUUGCUCCAGUAUGAUAUCCCACACCAUCCAUUCAGCGAGGCAGUCAUGAAGUGUCUGCCCGACCCAGCGUACAUGGAGAACCUCACAGAGAGCGAUAUGAUUGGAAGAAAGGAUCUGCGUGGUGAAGUUGUCUUUUCGGUCGAUCCACCAGGUUGCACAGAUAUCGAUGACGCGUUGCACGUCAAGCGAUUGGACGACGGCAACUUUGAGGUGGGUGUGCAUAUUGCCGACGUCAGCCACUUUGUGCGCGAGGGGUCUGCUAUGGAUUUGGAAGCAGCACAUCGUAGCACUACCGUGUAUUUGGUAGACAGACGUAUAGACAUGUUGCCCGGUUUAUUGUCGGGUAACUUGUGCUCGCUCAUGUCAAAUGUUGACCGUUUCUCAUUUUCGUGUAUUUGGAAGAUGUCGCCCGAGGGUGUCGUUCUCAAUGUUGACUACACCAAGAUUUAUGUUGUUGGCCAAUAUUUGGGUUGGCAAAAAGAUCCACCAACACUUCCCCGGCUGCGCUUUGCUGCGUCGCCAUCCUACACCCAAGGCGUCCGCCUUUGA